AUGGUUGUCGAAUAUUUGAUGCAUCCAAUAAUUAAUUUUUCACUUCAGGGCGAGCCUGAUUGUUGGUCGUUUAUUCAAGGAUUGAACUGGCUUCAGCCUUCAUUGGCAACUUCACCGACAAUUCGUGACUGCGAUGAGUAUCAUGCCAAUUUGCCAAAUAGAAUUAUAUCGCAUAAAGAUAUUUUGUGGUUAUAUAAAAGUUUAGAAGAUCAUUCCUUGUCGCAGAAGCUGUCGUGGCUUUUGUCUGAUAAAGAACAUAUACUUUCCUGCCUUGAACCAUGGUCCUUUCUUUGCCAAGGAAAUUUAGCCGAAGCCACUUUAGUCUGCCUGCGAGCUGUCGAAAAGAAUGAACCAGCCUUAUUAACCGAAAUAGAUCCAUCUUUGUUUUUACCAAAUUGGAGCAGCAAAGAUAGCCCGAAAGGAGCACACCGUCGUUCCUCCUCAUACCCCGUGAAUCUUGGCAAGACGCGUCAGCAAGUGCUCAAUUUACGGACAGAGGAGCUUUUGCGCUCAAAAGCACCUAAUGAUUAUACUCCAAUUGUUCCCGAUGAAUUAGAUAAUAUGAAGGCCGCGAGGUCAAAGACGAGCGACAAGCCAGUGAAAGAGGAAACGAGCAGCAAUACAUCCCUGAAAGCUUGGAGCAGUUUUCCGGAAUUAAACGACAAUGGCCCCGAGAGCAGCUGUGGGGGCGUUGCAGCGCUUAAGACUAUGACGAAGACUAUGAGAGCAAAAAAUACGGCGGAUAAAAGCGUUAAAGAUCGUAUUUCGCAAUCGAUCGAAUUAUCAGACGUGAUAAAGGUCGACUAUUCCGAAACAAAAGCCGCUGGCGCAUCGAUGACCACGGAAGCUAAGUGCAAUACCGUGAAAACGAAGUAUAUGGCAAGAAAGGGAAGGAAGGUUAGAUCGGGACUGAGCACUAAGGUGAAAGGGACGAUGACGAGUAGCGGUAGCUCAGACACCCUUAACUAUGAAGACUCCCUCAGGACAACUGAGAACUCGGCUCGCAGCACAACGGACUCGGUUAAAAUUUCGUCGGAGAAGCCCAAACGUAUGGGUGCUUUCCUUGUUGGCUCGGCGCCUGAAUUCUCCGGCUCUUGGAGUCUUGAAGUUGAAGGUCAGAAAGACCUUCGCACCCCCAAAAAGAGCUUUAUCGAGGAUGGAGGUAGCAGUGUCUUACCAAUGGCAACGGGAUAUUUCCCGAGGCCCAAAGAGGGACAAAGCCUCACUAGUUUCUUAUCCUCGGCACAAUUCGCCAGAGCCAAUGCCGAGCUCGACCGUGAAAAUGCCCAUUUCAGUAUUUCCGAGGCUAUGAUCGCUGCCAUUGAACAGCUUAAGUGUAAUAGACAACUACGGCUGGCGGACGAAGCUGUUGAUGAGAGCGACGAGGAGAUCAACAAUCUCAAGCAGAGGAUCAGAUUAAGACGUCGUCAGCGUCAAGAGGAGCGACGAAAGGGAGGCGACAAUGAUGGCAACGGAGUUGGCACCUGGACACGCGAUCUUCUGAGCGACGGCAAGACCGACACAACUACGACCGAUCAAAGUAUCAGUCCUUUAUCCACGUCUCCGGGAACACCCUCCGAAAGCAUCUCCACAGACGACGUCGACGAUUAUGAAAUGGAUGACGCACAUAAUUUGUCCCGACUCAAAAAUGCUGGGUUAUCGGUAUCGAUGGCGUCAUUGUAUUCCGAAGCUGAUCUCUUUCGAUCAUCUCCGAAACAUGGCAUAGAGUCAAAUUUAACCGAUAGUAUUAUAUCCGCAGAAGGAGUUGCCUUAUCUUUAAUUAGUAGAUUUAGCGAAAAACACCUUCCACGAGCAAGCGAACUCAAAUGGCUUGUCUCUGAACAAGAUGCACCACAACGACUGUUACCUCUGCCAAAAAGUUGGCCUGUAAGUCCCGAUGACGCUGAAUCCGGCGAUGUCAAUUCAAUUUCUCUGAGAGGAACAAUUGAAUGGGCACCACCAAGGCCUCAAAUAAUUUUUACUGCACAUCCACCCCCUGUAAGGCGAAUCCUCAUAGCAAAGCAAAAUUAUCGUUGUGCUGGAUGUGGUAUGAAAGUAGCGGUAGAGUAUGCUAAUAGAUUUCGUUAUUGUGAAUAUUUAGGUAGAUAUUUUUGUACUGGUUGUCAUACUAAUCAAGUGACUUUAAUACCUGGGAAAAUUCUAACAAAAUGGGAUUUUAAUAGGUAUCCCGUUUCCAAUUUUUCCUAUAGACUUCUGGAUCAAAUGACAGUGGACCCACUUUUUCAAGUCAGUGAUCUAAAUCCAACGUUAUAUCGAAGAAUAAAGCAAUUAGAUCGUACGAAAUUGCUGAGAACUCAGUUGUUUUAUUUAAAAGAUUUUCUAUUCGCUUGUCGCUUUGCCACAAAUACUCAAGAAACGUUAAAAAGAGAACCUAAUCAUAUAAUUGCUGAUCCACAUAUUUAUUCUAUACAAGAUUUUACACAAGUAAAAGCUGGUGUACUGCCACUGGAGUUAAAUAAAUUAGUUCAAGAGUGCCAUAAGCAUGUCGCUGAAUGUGUGCUAUGCCAAGCUCGGGGAUUUGUCUGCGAGCUCUGUAACUCCAAGGAUGUCAUUUAUCCAUGGGAAUUGAAUAAAGUGAUGAGGUGUGAAAGCUGUGGCACUUGCUACCAUAAGACAUGUAUUAGUGCCAAUGGAAAAGCAGGCAACAAAGAAUGUAAAAGAUGCAGCAGACUGCAAGCACGACGCAGAUCUAAAGAAGAAUCAUGCGAUACAAGGUGAUCCAAAGCCUUCGACAUUUCAUUGACAGAAUUGACAAAGCUAAUCGUAGCACAAGACGAUACGUAAUAACAAAGUCUAACUUUCUAGUGGCCUAAAGUUCUAUAUUCCUUCACAAUUGUUAAUACAAUAAUAAUCAGCCCACAUUAAAACGCGUGUAUUUAUUUACAAUUCUAUGCAUUUGAGUAAUACUCAUUUUAUCCAUCGAUCGAACUUUAUUAAGCAAUGAAUCAGAAUAGCACCAUUAAAACGGAUGACGUGGUGUCCAACAGCUAUUGCACACGAUAAUUUCUAAUUAUUAUGUUGUAAUCUGCCUGUAAGUGACCCCUAAUACCUUGACACUUAGUUCUUUUAUUUAUA